UAAUCAGAUACUGUCACUGAAUCAUAAACUGUUAGAGCCGCCAACGACUCCAUAAAACAUAUCUAGGGGUUUUAAAAGAAAUAAUGUAACAUAGUUUAUUUUUAUUAUGGAUAAGUGCAUCAAAUGAAAGAAUGGCUCUUCAUGAAGCAAAAUAUAGGAACUUCCAGAGAACAAAUUGCUUUCCAUUUUGAGUUCAUAUGAUGAUAAUCUCCUUGGCUUCUAGACCAAAUCCAUUAACCAUUUCAGUGGAAGCAGAUGUUAAUAAAUCAUCAGUUUAACUAGGCUCUUAAUUAUGUUACAUUCUAAAGCUUUAAUUUGGAGAAGUGACCGAGUAUCUGGGAGGUUGUGGGGCAAGAACUGAGACUUUUAGAGUCAGAUCCUCUGAGCAGUGGACUGGACUCCACAACCACAAGGGUGCCCCCACAUCAGAAGCCAGAAUCUAGACAUCCCUCCACGUUUGGUGACACUGACAGAAAAAUGCAACAUUUUUCUUGGAAGUUUGAUACGAAAAAUGAUUAAAAAAAAAAAUAGCAACACCCCCCCAGACCAAAAUAACCCACUAUUUUUCUGUGAGUAAACUAAAGACACAUUUGUUUUCCAAGAUGGAUCAUGACAUCAAUAGCUUGUUAUGAACUACUCUCUGCAUAGUAGAUCCUAUGGAUUUGGCCCUGUCCUGGUCACUUUUCACUUGAAUGACAUCUAAUGCUCUGUAAGGGAAUGCCAGCUCAAAUAGGCUGCUCACUUGAGAAUUUAAAGCCAGGUGUGUAGCUCUAAAUUCACUGUUCAUGAUUCUGCAGUGUAGACACUUGCUUGUUUCCAUCACAAUGACGAACAGGUGUGGCUCCUCAUGUGGGAAAGAGGAAAAACCUAAUUUUUAGUUUUCCUCAAUUAGUGACCUACAUCAAUUCCCACUGUUACCUAUGAUGUGUUUUUGUACAGCCUUCAAGGUAAGGAUGAGUUUUACAUUUUUUUAAAAGAUUUUAUUUUUAAGUAAUCUCUACAACUAACCUGGGGCUUGAACUCACAACCCUGACAUCAAGAGUCACAUGCUCCACCGACUGAGCCCGGCAGGCAACCAAGUUUUAUGUCUUUAGGUGGUUCUUUACCAACCAAAAACUAAUGACAAAUAGGCAGCAGAGAUCUGUCAGGUCCCCAAAGCCUGAAAUAGUUAACAUGUGGCUCUUCACAGAGUUUGCUGACCCUGCAUUACACAAACAAGAUUUUGUUUCUUUCUCUAAAUGUCCUAAGGACUGGUUUGAGAUGGGCAGAAGCAGAGACAAAUGCAUUCUAAAUUUUGCACGAGUGCUUUUUCUUUUUUACCUUCAAUUAGUUGCAGCAAAUUUGACCCGCUCUGACAUUCACUGAGCACCUACUGUGUACAGCACUUCACAAGGUUUAAAAGGAAAACUGAGAGGUCUUAGAAGACAUAAAAAUCCCUGUGAUCCAAGUCAAAAUGGUUUGUUAUAAAAAAAAUUAGUGCAGAAAAAAGGGUGGGUGUCACUCGGGGUGGUGGAGGUAAAAUGUGGGGCCUGGAAGGACUACCUGGCUGAUGGCAGCUGGUGAAGCUGGGAGGAAAGCAUUCCAGGCAAAGGGGAAGAAACAGGCGCAGUAAGGCAGGAAAGCAGGGGUGAGAGUUCUGAGUGCCAGCGAAAGAAGGCGUGCUACGGGUGUGGGUGGACAGUGCAGAGGGAGAAAAGGCUCAAGGCUAACCUGGCGUCUCCUCCACUAGAGUAAUUUGGGAGAAAAAAAAAAAAAAACAACCCAAAAUAAAAACAAACAACCCACUCAUUUGGGAAACCCUGAAUAAAAGGGAAGUUACUGUGAAAACGUAUUUGUCAGGGAUCUGAAGCCAGAAAUGGAAAGUCAUCAGGACUCAUACAUGGUCUCCUCUCCCCUCUCUAAUGGGUCCCACGGGGGUCUUCCAAGGUCCAUCUGCUUCCCGCUGUGCUGCUCACGUCUCCAUUCCCUUUAAAGCUUGGUCUUGUUUUCUGCUCUUGGGUAAAUGGAACCAUCAGAAAACUUCCUCCGUCAGGUGCCACCCGAGGUGUCAGGGACAAGAAAUCCAGCGGUAAGGUCUAGGAUAUACCUGGCCCCUCACUCCACAGCACGUGCCGGCCACAGAUGAUGGUACUAAAGGGCAGGGGUGUGGCAUUUGGGGCGGAACCAGACUGCUUUCUUGGAAGUGUUUCCAGUGGCAAUUCCAUACGGAACCUUUGGGAAAGAGCCGGUAAGGUCGGGACGUCUACUGAACACAUGCAUUGCUUGCACUGAAUGCUAAGAAUCUGGACUUUACAACCAGACGCUGCUAAGCCUCGGGAAGUUUCUGAGCAAGACAGUGAUCCUUGAAAAGGUGAUUCUGGUGGUGGAGGAUAAGGUGAAAAACCUCGUUCAAGAUGAGGAUCUGGGUCCGAAUUUACCCAGUGACUGCGGCCCGGGAGAGGAUUUUUUUUUUUUUUUUUUUCCCCUCAAGAGGCAUUAACGUGGGAUUUGGUGGUGGCCGGCUACGGUCUCUGAUUGGGCUUCGGGCCGCGGGGAGGGUCUGGCAAGCGGACAAAUGGACCGCGGCGGGCACGGGGCGCCGCCAGGAGGAAAGACGGCCCCGCAGGAAGGACCACUGUCGCGAGGGCGGCGGCGAGGCGCUGAAGCGCGCCCGGCGCUGCCGGAGGAUCGCUCCGCGGCGUCCGCCGCGCGGGGCGUCGGGAGCCGCAGCCGUCCAGCUCCUCCGGGUACCCGGCAGGGCUCGCACAGAGCGGUUCCCUCCGGUUACAAAUCGCACACACCUGCCCGUCCGGGUGCGGGUCCUUCCAGUCAAGCAGGCGCCCGAGUGACGUCAUCGAGGGGGGUCACCGCCCCCUCGCUGAAGGCUUUAGGUAUCCACGGAAAGUCUGUUACACAGCAAGCCGACAAUAAAAGAUUAACUCCCUACACAGCACAAGGGGUGCACCUCCGAUGCCUCUGAUCUCUCCGGCUCUUCCUUUGUGGGCGCCUCUCCGGCCGCCUCGGCCCGGCUCCCCUUCCCAUUUUGCUCAGGCGGCGCCCCGGGCAGACCCACGCCGCGGCGAGGGGCGGGGAGGGCUCGGGCGGGGCGGGGUCCUGGCUGGGCGGUGUCGCGCUCGGGGGCCGCGCCGGGUCGCGUUUCUCUCCAGUGCCUGAGGCGGCUCCGUUUGGGAGAGCCUUUCGCCAGCUCCACGGGGACCUCUGUGCACGGAUGGACCCGCCCGGACUCGGCGGGAAGCGGCCUGGCAGGCGGCGGCCCCGGCGGUGUCAGCGGAGGGAGGACAGGGCCGAGGCCGCGGGUCCCUGAGGCGCGCGGGCCCACAGGGCCCGGCGUUGGCACCAUGAUGCCGGGCGAGACCCACUCGGCGGCGCCCGGGACGGCGGCGGACCUCUCGCGGUGUCAGGGCUGCGCCUCCCUGCAGCAGUGUGGACCUUUUUUAUUGUAACUAAUACCGUGUUACAUGUCUGACUGCAAAGAAGAUACAGAGACUACUAUAAAGGGAAGUAAUUCUGUAAUUCUCAAAAUCAUUUGGAUUACCUAGAAAAAAGAUGUUUUGGGAUAAUCAGUGAAAAAUAAGUUCUUCUGAAGUAUUUACCAAUGAAAUAUGAAGAUAUUAGGGGAAAAAGUCACCUGAAAGAAAAAAAUAUCUCUUUUUAAGUCUUGGGAACAUUUUGAGCAGUGUAACUAAUGGUGUUUUCCCUGUUGAAUUGAUAGCAGUAAUUUAGAGCCAGAUUUGUAGUUGGUCCCUAAAAUAUAUAGAUCCUUAUAAAAUGAAUUUUUCAUUGAAUUUCAUCCCUAUUGUAAUAUUCCUCUUUGUUCUUCCCAUGUUAUUUUUAUUUUUUUGCUUUUUUUAUAUUUAUGUGACUUUUUGAUGUCUUAAAUCCUUUCAGAGACAAUGCAGAGUGAGAUGUAGACAUGAUUACUUAUAAUUAGUGAACUAAAACAGUGAAUACGUACCAGAUUCUCACUGAUUAAGAGCACACAGAGAGUCUGCACGACCCCCUUACUGUCAGAGAGAGAGCGCCAUCCACCUAAAGAAAGAUUCAGAGAGAUACAGGAUACACACAGAGUAGGUCUGGGUUUCUAUGUAAUGUAAAUAAUAUCUUUAUGUAUUUCUGUAUUUAUGCGAGAGUAAAUAUUUUCACGUUUUACAAUAAGUCACACGUUACAGAAAGUACAUUUAGAGUCAUUCAUGUUAUAGAAACAAGUAGCUGACUGUAGCUGUUUUUUUCUUUCAGAAUUUAAACGAAUAUGUUGAAGCACUAAUUACCUUGAAGCAGAAAAUUAUUAAUACAGAUAAUUUAUUAACAGAAUAUCAGAAGAAAUGUGAUGAGCUGCAGUUUGCAAGAAGAGAGAAUAGUACUCUGCAUCACCAAGUGGAACAGAUGCUUCAAAAAAUUUCUCCUCUGCAGAAAUGUCAGGAAGAAUUGGGAUCUUUAAAAGCAGAGCUGGAAGAGAAGAAGAGUUCUCUGAAGUUGUACCAAGAUACUCACCAGGAAUAUGCACGUGUAAAAGAAGAAUGCUUGAAAACUGAUGCUCAGAAGAAGAAACUAGAAGCCAAGGUGAAGAAGCUGGAAGAGGCUGCUGUCAAGCAAACGCAGGACUUCAAGCAGCUGAGGAAUGAGAAGAAAAUACUUGAAAAGGAAUUUAAGAAGACACAGGAACGGCUUGAUGAAUUUUCUAAACAGAAAAAUGAAAAGGAGUUGAGACACAUUGGAACUCAAAUUUCAAGUGAUUCUUACGGAAGCAUAGAUAAAAGAAAAGUAAAGCUACUUCUGAAGGAACUCUGGCUCUGCAUAAACACAACACACAGACUACCUGGUGAAGGCAGCCGAUGUAUCACAGAGAAACCUGCCAAAGAAAACCCCGGACCCACAGAGUCCAGGGAUGAUGGCGUGCCUCCUCCAGGGGGAGGCAGGCUGCUCAGAGCUGCAGCUGUGCAGACGUGCCUGGCAGAACUGUCCAUGGAAAUAGAGGGCGACUUCUCUGCGUGUAGACGUGUGGGGAGAGAGGGGCCCAGUGGAGCCGCGCACUGUAAUGACCACGUUUCUAAUGAGGGCUGGCAUCCUGAACUCGCAGUGCCCACGAACGAUGAGGACAGUACUGACUUCUCUGAUCGUGAUCAUUGUUUUGAUGAAGAUCUCCAGGCGGCAGUUGAUUUCUUCAAACUUCCCCCUCCUCUGUUGUCUCCAGUGCCGUCACCCCCUCUGGUGUCCCUACCACCCCUGAGCACGUUACCUUCUUCGCUCGCGCCUGAAACCUACUUUGGAGAGUAUACAGAUUCCAGUGAUAAUGAAUCGUCCCAACAUAGAAAUUCUGCUGAGUCUGUUUCAGAAGAUGAGACGUCUGAAUCACAGUAUUUUGGCUCAUCCAGAAAAUGUAAAGGAAGUAAUGGUACCUGGGAGGAAAAGCUCAAAUCACAUGAAGCCACCCAAGCUCUGACUACAUUGGAAGUAAAUGAAGUGACAACUGUCGGGUUUGGGACAUUCACAGCAACACUGAGAGAGCCUUCAGCCACAUACUCUUUAGCUCGCGAGAAACACUGGAUGGUGUCAUCUGAAUCCACGAGUGAUAGGAGAAGAGACGUUUUAGACGAAGCACAUAGACAGAGAGAGGUUAGAGAGGCGGAUAAGUCAGUGCAGACUGAGAACACGCUUCAUGAACCCAUCAGAAAUGUGUGUGUUGAGACGUCGUCUGGCAGCCAGGCACAGGGCAGGGGAGCGGCCCUCCAGAAGUCUGAUGUGUGUUCUCCCCUCGGCAAGAGGCCAUUCAGUGAGCUCAUGGAAUCUGAAGGAAAAACCCUACUAUCCAAAAUGAUAGGAUCACCCAAAUCACAGUUUACUAAGUGGACGCUAACUAAUGAAAUCCCUCUUGAAUCAGAUCAUCUGUCGAUCUCUGACCACUUUCAGGGAAUGUGUAGAGUAUUGGGAAAGGAGAGAGAUGUUCAAGGGUUCAUUUUAGGAGCAUCACCUGAACCAGAGGACGAUGCAGGUGAUGCAAUGGGUGCCACAGGGCUCAGUGUUGACGCCAGGCUUUCUUCCUCGUCUACCUCGGGAACAUCAUCUGUCUGCAGUGACUCCCCGUCUUCCUCUGGGUUAAAGUAUAGUCAUGAUCUACACAUUCCUGCUAAAGUUACCCCUAUGGAACUGCAUCACUCUGAACAAAAGUUAGAAGCUGAAACCUUGAACAUGUUAGAUCUGCAGCCUGAGCCCCCAGAGUGUCCUGCCGGACAGAACCAUCUGGAGAAUAGCUUGUGUGCUUUGAGCCCUGAGUUGGGAGCAUCAAAUUUUAAUAAUCAGAGCAGCAGUGAGGUUGGGUGCACAAACAUUGUGAAAGGCAUGCCCAAAGUCUGUUCACUUGCACAGUCAGUAUUUAUAAAAGCUACGAAAGAGGCACAGUGUGGAAGUCAGGGUCCCAGAACUGAGCUCCCCCUGACUAGGGUGGAUUCUGCACCAUUGCUAGAGUCUCAGUGCAGCUUGACCAAGAGUGGGUUUGGUUUUGUUAAAAGCCCUUCAUGGCACCAUAGUGAUCUGUUAAGGAGAGGUGGGGAAGAAAGGCUGAGAGCUAAGUCAGAAUAUGAACAGAAGACCAACCAUCAGGUAGAAAAGGCAGUGCCAUCCUUAGAAAGUAGAGGAUCCGCAUCCAGGCCUGAACUUGGUAGAGAAAAUAACGCUGUGGGGCUCAGGGCUGUUACAUCACUGUUGCCGAACCAGGUGUCCGUGAUCACCAAGCAGGCCAGGCCUGACAUGGCACAGAGCGCUAGACCGGAGCACUGGAGGCGGGGGACUGAGUCUGCCUUUGCAGCAGCACGCGCCGGUCCUGGGGCUGCGCCCACGUCAUCUGUAGCCAGACAUGGCGGAGGAGGAGAGGACACGGCACGGGAUGCCCAGGGGGCAGCUGCUAUUGAAGGGACCUCGCCACAAGUUUCUGCCUCGUGGAGAAAAUUAGAUUUCAGUUUUCCAAGUGGUUCUUUACCAGUAGGAAAUUCUCAUUGUUCCACAAAUAGCAAACUGUCUUUCUCUCCUAGAAACAUCCCAGUCCAAAACCAAGACGUCAUGACGGAAGCCUCAGCACAGGAAGCGGUGCAGAAGCAAAGUUUGCUCCUUCGUGCCACGGAUCUGGACUCAUCUGGGCUGGAUGGGGAUCAGCUCCUUCCCGCCAUAGAAGUUCCAGUGUCGAGAAGUUUUCCUGUUGACGAAGUACCCUGUGGGGGCAUGGGCAGAUCUAGUGGUGAGGCCCUGGCCGUCCCAGAGGAUUCUCCUCGUGUCCGGCAGAGCCUGGAGUCUCUAGAGCUGCCAUCUCAGACUCCUGGCAGUGCUUCUCCUAAAGGUCCAGGCACUACAGGGACUGCUCUUUUGUCGGCCAUUCUCAGAAAAGAUGAAGAGACGCAUGCUGUCCCCCAGAGUGGCCUCGCUGGGGCUCUGUGUUACACAGGCAUUCGGGAGGCAGGCGGUGGCGACACAGAGGUGGAGGAGAGUGAGGCACCUAGCUGCAGCGAGGGGGAGAGUGAGCCCGAAGCCGCGAUGGGGGACAGACAGCAAGAUGCCGCCCGUGCCUCCAGAAAAGAUUUAGGAGCCCGAGGUGCUGGCACAGCCGAGACCAGGCCUACUGUCGAGGUGGGGUGUCUGACCUCUGCGCUGCAGGACUUCAACAUCAGUACUCUUUCUGAGGUAGACGGACUUUCUACAUCAGAGGUCGUGAUGUUUCUCGAAAGUUGUCAGUUAAGAGAUUAUAGUUCAGGGGACUCUGUUUCAGAAUGUUCUAGCAAAGGAACCCUACAUAAAGAAAUGAACAAAGACUUAAAGCUAGGUGAACUCUCAGGAGGAAAGUACAGAAAGCAGCUCUGUGAAGAAGAAACCCUUGAAACCUCCGAAGAGUGGAUUGAAUCCGAGGAAGAUGACAGUCCUCUGAGGAGCACAGAUCAGCUCACACGGCGUUCCUUGGAAACGCUGUCUGAGGUACUCACCAGGGUCGGCCAGGUGCUUCAGACCAGCUGUGAGAGCUCUCCUGGAAAAGACACCGGUAACUUGGUGCUCUUAAAUACGCACGACAGCCUGACCACUAAGCCUAUGCGAGAGCACGUCCCACCUCAGGAGGUGAGUGGCUUCCUGCCACACCCUUCAGGAACACCCCCUCCAACAGCCAGCAUGGCCAGCAAGGGCCGUUCUCCGGCCAGAGGCACAUCAAGUAACAGAGUCACUCCAGGCAGUCCUAAGAGUGUUCCCGAUGUCACCAGCCCGAUCCGUGGUGGGGCAGAGGUCCUGUCAGAGCUGGCAGAGCCCUCCCCCCAGCGCUCUGACUCCAUGGUGGGGCAGACCACAGAGGGCAGUGCUGAGGAGGGGGCAGAAACGACAUUUCAGUGUCAGAUAUCAACAGUGACCUCCGAAGUCAUAAACGUGCUCAUCAAUAAGGAUCAGAAUCUCGUCAUUGAAAAGGGGGACCACUGGACCAUCAUAAAUGGGGUCACUCUUAUGCCAAAUGUGGACCAGGUCAUACUGUGUGACAGUCCCGAGGACAUCCCUGUUUCUCCAGAUCGAGGAGACCUGGGAGCUGGCUUCCUUUCCGUUACUUCCUUGGACAAGUCCCCAGAGACCAGUCACCCUGGCCCUCCAUUUCAGGAGCCCCAGUGUGGCAGCAACCUGUCAUGUGCCCAAGAGGAAAUUUCCAGCAGCAGCCAGAGCACCAACUUCGAUAAAAGUCGUUUGCGCAAUAGGCCUGUCAAACCUAGUGUAAGGAUUAGUUCUGAAAUCUAUGAUCAGAACUUUGAGUCUCAGACUAUUGCAUCUGAUCACACAUACUUUAACUCGAAACUAGAGCCAUUCAGCAAAAAUAAGAAUCGAUCAAAGAUUUCAAACAAAGAUCAAUCAAACAAACCGGCAAAGGCUUUAGCAUCAAGCCGAGUUGAAGCUAAUCAGAGUGAAGGUUCUCAGUCAUUUUCAGGGGAAAGAGAGAACACAAAAACUCAGAGAAAUCAAACUCAGACCAUUCUAGCCAAUGCUGACACAUCGACUCCUACAGAUUGUUCCGAUACUCUGAGUAAAAUCCGGCAGGAGGUGGGGCCUCCCCUGCCGCCCUUGCUCGCUCCUCUGGUCGCUACACCUCCAAGGACUUCACAACCAGUUUCUCCUCUGAUAGUAACUUCCUCUCCCUCCUCACCUACCUCUCCUAUUGGCCAGAUUUCUCCUUUGUGUGAAAUCCCAGUGCCUCCUAUGAUGUCUCCUUUGCCAGAAGAGCCGGGAUGCCCCUCCCCUCUGUGCACAUCUCCAUCCCCAUCCACUGCACAGGCUGGCGAGAGGAUCUUGUCAUCACCCUUGCAGUUUUGUGCUGCGACCCCAAAGCAUGCCCUCCCUGUGCCUGGCCGCCUCCCGCCCUUGGCACCUGCCCAUACGGCUGUGGCCGUACCCCAGGAGAAUUCCGUUAAAAUCCUUGACACCAUGUACCCAGAGCUGUCUGCCAGGGCCCGCACCCUCAACAUCCUCAAAGGGAAUAUUCAGCUCACUCGAGGUCCGUCUGCAGAAUGUAAAAGCUUAGCAGGGCCUGUCAGUGCUAUAACAGGAUUCAAGGCAAUCACCUCAACAUCCACAGCCUUUGUUAAGACAGGGGGCAGCUCAGGGAGCGACUGUGAUCAAGAGAAGUCCAGAGAGGCAGGUGGGAAAAGGACGUUGCCUGCAUCUACACUGAGGGGCGCCAAAAGACUGCGGCUGGACGGCGGGUCCCCAGAACCGGGAACGGGGGCCGCCGCUGCAGGGGGGGUCAGCAAGACCCUCCGGAGGAGCCUCCCUCAAGCUGAAGGUGUGACGACGGAGGAAGAAAGUUCUCUUCUGACCAUCAGUACGGUUUCACAGUUGCCUGCAAACCCAAAAGAAACCGUAGAGUCCCAUGACCAAGCCAUAGCUGGUGCACUGAAGAAAAUCGCAGAGUCGUCUUUUGAUCUCUUACCUGUCAUUCGGAGUCACGUGUAUGUGGGAAAUAUCUCUAAAAAGCCUGUAAUGAGAGAUCAAGAGAAGGAAGUGGUUUAUGAAUUUAGCACAACCAAAAAGCAUUUAGCAGAGUGCUUGCUUCACUCUAUUCUCUCAGAACUAAAAAUUCAGAAGAUCUCUAUGGAGCGCAAUUACAUUCACGCCCUCUGCAGAGUGUAUGUGGGUAUUUGUCGGCAACUUGGAGACUUGGAAAGAGCUCGUUUGUUUUGCUACAGCCUACUUAAGGAAGAUUUUCCAGAGUCAGAGAAAUUGACUUUGUUCAUUGCAAACAUGUGGCAUGAUAUAUUUAUUUCCCAAUCAGUGAUUAAUAAGGCAAUGCAGUUGGUUGCCAGGCAACGUGCUAAAGGAGAGGUUCGGAACUGUUUGAGAGCCUUUCUCAACUGGGAAAAGAAUGCUCCUGUGGAUGUGGGUUUCAUGGUUUCCAAGCUGCUAUUGACCAUACAGUUGUGUCCAAAAACAGAAUUUCAGUCCAGUGAAAAAUUUGGUGAAGACUUAAGUGAUAACACUUGGGAGUACAUAUUUGCCAUUGAUCUGCUCUGCUGUCAUCAAAAAUGGAUUUGGACACAUGAUAACAUUAUAAGUAAAGAGCUGUGGCCUGUAAUGGAUAAAUGGAUAAAAUACAGAAAAGGACACGCGAACAUUGCAUAUACUCCUGAUAUUAUUAUAGCAUCGAUACUGAGGCUGAUUGGUCGUUUAGGCCAGCUGGGCUUGAAGGAAGGCUUCCCGUCCGCCGUGAAGAAUAUUAGCUCCGUCAUUGGUAUGUUCAUCCAGCAUGCGCAGGACGAAGAUAUCCCGUGGGGCAUCCAGCUGGCCGCCGUGUACGCGCUCUGUGAUUUGAGUCCCAGCAAUCCAGCGGGAAUAUCUAAGAUCCUGGAGGCCUGGCGCCAAGAAACCGCACACAGCGUGCCCUCCGCGGUGCUCAGCUGCCUGGAGGAGGUCAGCUCGCUGUGCGUGGACGAGGUCGGCUAAGCUCCACUGCGCCACUGCGUCUAGAGAAGUGCCUUUAUGUAUCUCGAGUAUGAAUAGAUGAGUCAGCUGGCGGCGCACAAACUGAGGUUUCAAAAGGAAAGCUGGAGAAGAGAGAAAAUGCCCAGAGGCUCUGGUCACCGUGGCGAGGAGACAGAAGCCAGCCACGGCAGGGCUGCCUUUCCCCAAACCGCAUACAUUUCACUUAAGGCUGUUGUGAUUCCAUGACGUGUGGGUUGUAUUACUGUGUCUUGGUCAAACAACAAAAACUUGAACUUAGCCCUUUUUUGCUGCAGAAAGUGUCCUUUUAGUCGCUUUUUAAAAUUGAGUGGCAUUUUAUAAUGAAUUUAAUAUAAAAGCAUUGAUUUGGUUCCUGAGCUAAUUUUGGACUUUGCGCUGAAAUGAUUGACUUAGGGAAAAAUAAAUCAGCUAAGAAAGAGCUAGAAGACUCUUCCACUGUCUUAGCUGGAAAUGGGCUACAAAAUUGUUUCUCAAGGUAUAGCGCGCAACUGGUCAGAGGAAAACCUGGGAAAGCCUUAGAGACCCGCCCUAGUGCAUCUUCUUCCUGUCUCUGCAGGUCCUUAAAACUGUCACUGUAUCAGGACAAGGAGGGCUGAAGAGUAGAAGUUCACUUGCAGGGUUUCUGUCAGCAACGUGUAUAUAGACGAUUCAGAGACGCGCGCAGGCAGGUCUCUGUGUGUGCCGUGUAUAUAUGGACCGUGCUAUAAUGUGUUUCACAUUUGAUGAUAUUCCACUUUCGGAAUUUUAGUAUUUGUACAUAGAAAAUGGGUUUAAUAACUCACCGUGGUUCUGAUUUGUCUUAUAUUCAUCAUUUCUUAAAAUUCUUGUAUGUGUUUUUUAUAAUAAAAAAUAAAAGUAAGCCAUGCACACGAUUGUUCUGAUCAGUGAAGAGUGACACUGGGCAUUACUUCUACUCUUACCAAAGAUGGAAAAUUCUCCACUCUAACCAAAGAUAAAACAGCCAUUCCAAAUGAUAGAAAUAUGCUACAUUGCCAUUGUCUAGCAGGUUUCUCCAAGAUGCUCUUAGCGACAUUGGACACCAGAUAAUUACGUACUGAUUGGCCCUCAUGAUUGGAUUUGUUUCCUUACAAAUAUUGCUGCCCUUUAAAAAUUACAUUUGAUGACUAUUUUGUUAACUCCUGCCUCGUGUUUUUAAAGUAAUUAUAACAGACAUAAUUGAGAUUUAUAAAUAACUCUGCAUUGCCCUUUGGAAGCUUUUUGUUGGCGUGUUGUUCUUUCUACCAGUGUUUGCUGAGCAUGUGCUCGUGCUAGGGGCCUCGUGGGAGGAGCUAGAGAGCAGACAACAAGGGCCCAG